UUCUUCCUUCCAGAUGUCACAGUGGACCCUUGGCCUCCAGGGACCGUUAAAAUGAGAUUAAGAUCUCUGGGCUGGUUGGAACUAGCCUAAGACCAAAGAGCAGUCAUGGAUGUGGCGGAUGAGCUACUCAAUGGAAGCCACACGUGGCUGUCCUCCGCCCUGGACUUCAAUGGCUCGGUGGCAGCAGCCAACAGCUCAAACCAGACAGAGCCCUACUACGACCUGACGAGCAAUGCAGUCCUCACCUUCAUAUAUUUUGUGGUCUGCAUUGUUGGGCUGUGCGGCAACACGCUUGUCAUUUACGUCAUCCUCCGCUAUGCCAAGAUGAAGACCAUCACCAACAUUUACAUCCUCAACCUGGCCAUCGCAGAUGAGCUCUUUAUGCUGGGUCUGCCCUUCUUGGCUAUGCAGGUGGCUCUGGUCCACUGGCCCUUUGGCAAGGCCAUCUGCCGGGUGGUCAUGACUGUGGAUGGCAUCAAUCAGUUCACCAGCAUCUUCUGCUUGACGGUCAUGAGCAUUGACCGCUACCUGGCUGUGGUUCACCCCAUCAAGUCAGCCAAGUGGAGGAGACCCCGGACGGCCAAGAUGGUCAAUGUGGCUGUGUGGGGAGUCUCUCUGUUGGUCAUCUUGCCAAUCAUGAUAUAUGCUGGGCUUCGGAGCAACCAGUGGGGGAGGAGCAGCUGCACUAUCAACUGGCCAGGUGAAUCUGGGGCGUGGUACACAGGGUUCAUUAUUUAUGCGUUCAUCCUGGGGUUCUUGGUACCCCUCACCAUCAUUUGUCUUUGCUACCUGUUCAUUAUCAUCAAGGUGAAGUCCUCUGGAAUCCGAGUGGGGUCCUCCAAGAGGAAAAAGUCUGAGAAAAAGGUCACCCGCAUGGUGUCCAUCGUGGUGGCUGUCUUCAUUUUCUGCUGGCUGCCCUUCUACAUAUUCAACGUGUCCUCUGUCUCUGUGGCCAUCAACCCUACCCCAGCCCUGAAAGGCAUGUUUGACUUUGUGGUGGUUCUCACCUAUGCCAACAGCUGUGCCAACCCUAUCCUGUAUGCCUUCUUGUCUGACAACUUCAAGAAGAGUUUCCAGAACGUCCUCUGCUUGGUCAAAGUAAGCGGCACAGAGGAUGGGGAACGGAGUGACAGUAAGCAGGACAAAUCCCGGCUGAAUGAGACCACGGAGACCCAGAGGACCCUCCUCAAUGGAGAUCUCCAAACCAGUAUCUGAACUGCCCUGGGGCAAAAUGAAAAACCAGUCAAGCUCCCCCUACUGGUGAUGGGCUCCCCCUGCACCCUGCGCCACCCUUACCAAGCCUCCUUCCUUCCUCCCACCUGUCACUCCUGGCUUCUAGAAUAGGGAUUGCUCAGCAUGAGUCCCAUUCAGAGAACUGUGUUUGAGGCGGCUUGCCUGACUGAAUGAUAAUAUACUAACCCUCUUGCUUAAAGUGAGCAUUUAAAUGCAGGCAGACGAUUCAAAGUCUGGAGAAGAGGGGACUGUGCCUGGGCAUGAUCUUUAGAAAC